AUGACCAAGAACCAAAAGCGGAAGUUCAAAGAAAUUGCAAACAGGUUGGAAAGUGAAGAAAGGGCUGAUGCUACUGAGGCGAUACGUACUCUUGUUAAACAAGUGAAAUUAACAAGUACAGAUCAAACAGAAGCAACAGAUAUCGCUGAAGAUUGCAGCAGUAGUGAAAUUGUUAAAGAAAAGAGAGCAAACGCCAUUCAACACAGAAAGCACAUAAGUGCUUUAUUCAAAAAAGAAGCAGAAGAUUUCUUAAAAAGUUGCCCAGUCAAAAAACUAACUUUGAACACCUUGUUUGCUUUGAUGACUCAAGAAGAAAAGAAUCAAUUCCCAUGUUUAUUCAAUCUUGUGAAAAAGAUGAAUGCUAAGAGUCCAACCACUUGCCCAGUUGAAAGAUCUUUUAAUAAAAUUGGACAACUUGAUAGAGCAAACAUGAGCGUUGAAAAGAAAGUUGCUUACAUGGAUGUCGGGGAUGCUCUGAAAAACUAA